AUGGAUCCGAAAGAAGAUGAACAAAGUCUAGAAGAACGAUUACGUGCUCAAAACAAAAAUCGUACAAAAAAAAAUAAUACGUUUAAAGAUGAUAAGAUAUGUAGUCACACCGAUGCAAAUGGAAUAUUGUACAAAAUAGGAGAUCAUGUUUAUCUUGAAACAAAUAAACAAAAUCAACCCUAUGCAAUUGGUUGUAUUCUCGAUUUUCGCGUUACAAGAAAAGAUAACGUUAUGCUUGAAGUGAAAUGGUAUUUUCGUCCAAAUGAAUUACCUGACACAGUUUAUGCAUUACUAAUGCAAGAUCGUAGCAAUGAAUUUAGUAUGUAG